GAACUAUACGUAGACGAGCCCUGUUCUUUCGACUACUUCUUUCUCCAAGCCAUUUGAUAUCAUCGAGCACUAUCAAGCUACUAAUGGGGUUUAUACUGUGAACCCCAUCAACAGGUACCAACUAUCCCUCUAUGGCGCGCUUACAACGGCGGCCGGGUGCUACUCGUGCUCAAAAUGGCUUGGCCAGAGCCAAGUUUCGCAAACACAAGGUCAUCAUGGAGAGUAUCACUCAAAAGAAAAAGAAGCUUCGAAGCAUUGUAUAUUUCGAGGCAGAGGCUCCGGCUGGGUACACCUUCAUCCCGGCAGGUAACCCUCGAUUUACAACUGUCUGUAAGGAAGUAUGCCGCAAACAAGGACUAAAAGUAUUUGCGGUCACAACGACUCCUCACCAGAAAACUCAUGGGCUUUCCCAACAAGUCCAUCGUGUGGGAUACCACUUCCCGAGUACUGUCGUAGCCAGAGCGUGUAUGGAACUAGGCGUUUACCUUACGGAAAAUGGAACCGUGCUGUCCAUUGAGCAAUUUAACACCAACAUAGCCAAUGAACGUAAUGGGACAGAAAUCUCUCAGGUCACCAUCAACACCGAAGCAAGAGACGUCAUCCGCGACCUCUUUCCUAAUAUCCCUGACGACGAUGUCAAUCAGAUCAUUAAAACCGCUUUUCAGAAGGGACAGCAAAAAGUAGGGACGGCAGUCGAACUACCCCUUGCUCGCAGGGCCCAACUUGCAGUUGUAGCCCACAUACGACAUUUAUACACCGAUUAUGAUCGUCUGCUGAAGAAGACCUCAUUUCAAGAGGCAAGACGUAACGUGGAAGAAUCUACUUUGGAAAAACUCGUUCAAUGGCGAGGUGAAGAUGAUAACGGUGUACCAGAGCUUGAAGACGUUUUCAGGGAGGUCAUCGUGAUUUCUGAUGAUGAGGAUGAAGACGAUGAGGAUGAAGGUCAUCCAACUCGUGACGAGGAGUCCAAUACUAUUAAUCACGAUUCUAGCGUUGAAAUCCUUUCGAGUAAUGUUGUCACUGACAGGGUUGAUGUGGAAGAUGAGCAAGAGAAUAAUCAAGCCGCCGAUUUUACAAGAGGAUUUAGACUCGUACAUAAGGGUCCAAGUCAAGAAACCAACAAAUCAAAAAUCGAUCGUCGGGGUUUCAGCCGCUACCAAGCUUGGGACCGAGCCAUAGGCCGCUAUCGAGAAAGGAGAUCAUUUCAGGACCGUGAACGCGGCUAUUUUCACAAUCGUGAGAUCUCUGAUAAAAACAAUAACCAUCCACAAUGGAUCUCUGAGGCCAUAGUUAACGAGCGUCCGAAUCAUCAACCGAUAACAGUAGGAUCAAAUCUGGGGCUCCAACUUCAAAGCACAAGCCGCACAGAAUCGCCUCGCAAUGGCGAUAAGCUUUACACUGAAAAUCAUUCACUUCAACAUAACGAUGAUAGGCCGUAUCCGUCUGUCUCGCGACGGAAUGCCCCAGAUAUUCUCCAUUUUCCUGACGGGUCUAUUUUUAGCAAAAUUCCUUCUUCUACGCCCGAGGGAAGACCGCAGCCUUCAGCAGAUAUUCCAGUAGCGCCUGUUUUUGUUGCUGGCCCCAGUACCGCUUUUGGUUUACAUUAUGAGAAUCCCCGAAAGCGUAUCCAUCCUUCUGGAAUUCUAGCCACCAAUUAUGACGGGGGAGACUUGCUACCUCACGAGCAGACAAUUUUUCCCUCUAUUGAAGGAUCAGACCUGUCAGCAAUUGAAAAAUCAUUGGCAAGGAAUCGAGCCUAUGAUUCUUACUCCCUACACAGAACCGUUCACAGGGAUGCUAUAGCACAGCUUGAUCGUCCAAUCGAAGACCUCUCAAGAAAGAUUGACGUUAUAAAUCUCACUGAUGAAGGUAAGGAUUAUCCCAAGCGGAGACGCCUACAACUUGAGCAGAUUUCCUCGGAUCUUCGUCGCCCUGUAUCUUGUGAAAAUAUUGCUCUUCAUCGUCUCGGUGACAAACGACUGCCAAUCAUUCCGCCUCUGACUGCACGCAACCGACACAUAGGGCAGGCCCUGGAUAACAGGGAUGUAUACAGAAUGCCUAUCGCAAGUCGAGACUCAAACUUCUUGAUGGAAGAACACCUAGAACAACCAAUCCACACUAUAACUCGUCCCGAAGCGUCGCUAGAGAAGUCAUCCAUGAAAGCGGGUUUGGCACCUACAGGCGACUAUAUCAGAGAUGAUCACCGUUAUACUGUGGAUCCAUAUCUUGAUACACUCAAACAAAGCAAAGGUCCGAUGUUGAGUAACGAAAAUUACCUAGUGGAACUUCCACGAAACAAAGUUACGCAAAAACCCUAUAUAGCUGGCCACCCGCACUUCAGUUAUCGGCCAGAUAAUUCUGGAUGGCGGAGCAAGGCUAACGAUUAUGAGUACCAAAGAGGUAUAAUUGAUGCAGAAGAUUAUACGCGACCCAGCAGUGCCCAUGGGCCCCAGCAGCAUGUCGGGUUGUUGCAGCCGGGUGAACGACACGAGCCUGACCAUCCAAACGCUCGAUUAGACCCCAGAGCAGCAUCUUGGGGGUCAAGGAGCUCUGUUCCCCAAUAUUCACCUGCACCAUCUUCUCAUAAACUGCACGGGUUUCGUGCUUCUUCACGUGGCUCACCUUCGGCAACACAAAAGAAGAAAGACGGCCUACCCGUGUCAGCUAUUAGAAGAUACGAGGUGCAGCUAGAAAAGUCAAUGAAUCCUUAGCGACAAGAAGCAAGUUAUUAUGAAGUACGCAUUUCCUUUACUGAGAGACUCUUACCAAGAUAGGUGGUGGUAUUCUGUUGGUUUCCCCUAUAGAGUGGUACACAGCUACUCUUCCCUUGUGGGAAGGCUGAAAUAUAGCUUGGACGUGGAACCUCUUUGUAUUUCUUUACUUGGCUUGAACAGAUUUUACUGUCUAUAAGAGACUAAGUAACGGCUAUUGUGGUUAAUUUCAGGUAUUCGAAGGAAGCCUGCUUGUCGGGUGCAUAUUUGGUUGGAGUUUAUUUUUAGAUAGCAUCAAUGAUACCCUGGGUAU